AUUCUACCGUACCAUUGAGCCACAAGGCACCGACAUGGUGCUUAAGGCGCUGGUGUUGGCUUCUCGCGUGCAAAUCGACGACAACGGCAGCUUUAUGGUGCUCUUUCGUUCGGUUGAUCCGGAAACUCGCGGAAUCUCCAAGCAAGAUCCGAAAGAUCUUUCGGAUUUUUUAACAAAGAAAAAAGAAAUAUGGGGUGACGUCUUCAGCUGGGGGUUAUACGAAGCUGUGGGCGACCAAGGCCAACACUGCCGCAAUUAUUUCGGCGGCUUCGUGUCUGGUUUAUUGACACAACGCAGUCUGGAAUUCUGGCUCAUGCACGUCCUUCUCAUCGCAGUACGCUGUGAGAACGAAGUCAUCGGUCCACUUUUUAUUAUGCAGUAAAAACAAAUUCCACC